GUUACAGAGACUUCUCUUGUUGUAAAGGAUUUGAUUGAGGGCAAGGAGUAUGAGUUCCAUGUGGCUGCAAUCAACAAGGCAGGAACAGGUCCAUUCAGUGAACCAUCUGAGCCAAGAAUUGCCAAACCUCCAUACGAUGUUCCUGAGGCACCAGGCAAACCAGAAGUCACAGCCAUCGAUCGAACCCAGAUCACUAUCUCAUGGACUCCACCUAAGUCCGAUGGUGGCAGUCCAAUUAAAGGCUACCUCAUUGAAAAGAAAGAGACUACCUCAACAAGAUGGACAAAAGCUGUCAAAGAUUCAGUCAGUGAGACUACAUUGACUGUGAGAGAUCUGAUCGAGGGCAGCAAGUAUGAGUUCCGUGUAGCUGCUGUAAACAAAGCCGGAACAGGUCCAUUCAGUGAACCAUCUGAGCCUACAAUAACCAAACCUCCAUAUGAUGUUCCCAAAGCACCAAGCAAGCCUGAAGUCUCAGCUGUUGAUAGUAAACAGAUAACCAUUUCAUGGUCUCCCCCUGAGUCGGACGGUGGUAGCCCAGUAACUGGUUACAUCAUUGAGAAGAAAGAGACGUCUUCCACGAGAUGGACAAAGGCAGUUAGAGACUCAGUUUCUGACACAACACUGACAGUGAAAGAUCUGAUUGAAGGCAAGGAGUAUGAGUUCCGUGUGGCUGCAGUCAACAAGGCUGGGACAGGUCCAUUCAGUGAACCAUCUGAGCCUAGAAUUACCAAACCUCCUUAUGAUGUGCCUAACGCUCCUGGCAAGCCUGAAGUAACAGCUGUUGACAGAACCCAGAUCACCAUAUCAUGGUCAGCCCCAGAAUCAGAUGGAGGCAGUCCAAUAAAAGGCUACAUCAUUGAGAAGAAAGAGACUACCUCAACAAGAUGGGCAAAGGCUCACAGGGACUCGGUCACAGAGACUUCUCUUGUCGUCAACGAUUUAAUUGAAGGCAAAGAGUAUGUGUUCCAUGUGGCUGCAAUCAACAAGGCUGGAACAGGUCCAUUCAGUGAACCAUCUGAACCUAGAGUCACCAAACCACCAUAUGAUGUUCCUGGUGCCCCAGGUAAGCCUGAUAUCACAGGUGUUGACAGAACUAAUAUUACAAUCUCCUGGUCACCACCUGAAUCUGAUGGUGGAAAUCCAGUAUCAGGCUAUGUUAUUGAAAAGAAGGAAACCUCUUCAACGAGAUGGACAAAGGCUGUAAAAGAUUCGGUCACUAAGACAACACUGACUGUGAGAGAUCUGAUUGAAGGCAAGGAGUAUGAGUUCCGUGUGGCGGCAGUCAACAAGGCUGGGACGGGUCCAUUCAGUGAACCAUCUGAGCCAAAGAUCACCAAACCUCUUUAUGACGUACCUGAAGCGCCAAGCAAGCCUGAAGUCACAGCUGUUGACAGAACCCAGAUUACCAUCUCGUGGUCACCUCCAAAAUCUGAUGGUGGUAGUCCAGUCACUGGCUACAUCGUUGAAAGAAAAGAGACGUCUUCCACAAGAUGGACAAAGGCUGUUAGAGACACAGUUAGUGAGACUGAACUGACCGUGAAAGAUCUGAUUGAAGGCAAGGAGUAUGAGUUCCGUGUGGCUGCAGUCAACAAGGCUGGAAAUAGUCCAUUCAGUGAACCAUCCAAGCCAAGGAUUACUAAACCACCUUAUGGUGUCAAAAUGUGCACAAAGGAAUUGACCUCCAAAAAGGAUGGAAUUGAUAGAGGGGCACUUUGCGUUGUUGACUUUUUUGACUGCAAGGGGUCAUUAAACAAGACUUAG